AUGGCUUAUCAACUUACGAAUAAGGACCUCAGAGGAACAUUUGAGGAUUCGGUUACCAUCAUGGCCGCCAGGAACCCGAACCCCGCCAGUAUCCACUGCGCCCGCACACUUGAGUCCGACUGGCUAUCGCAUGCAUUCCCCAGUCCGCUACACUUAGAUCCGAACAAAAGACCUAGUUACGGGCUCACGAGGCCGAUUCCAGGCCAAUAUAUCGAGCCAACAAUACCGCUCACCUCUCUGGAACAAGCGGCCCAGCUUAGUACCCUACGCCUUCUUGUACAGGUCGUGGGUGUCGAUGUGCGUGCCCAAGACGUUCAUGGAAAUACUGCUUUGCAUUACCUGGCCGCCACAUUGAAUGUAGACCCCAGGGCUUUGCAGUUGCUUAGAGAUAUGGAAGGUGGUGAGGAGGCUUACAAUAACAGCAAAAACUGA